UCCUUUGUAAGAAACGAACCCACCACGCAGGCGGUUGAGUAUCUCUCUCUCUCUUCUUCCUCCGACUCCCAUAGGGAAAGGGAAAUUGAGAGGAACCCUAGCUUAGCUAUCCUCUUCCUCCGAUCCGAUGGCUCCUCCUUCCCCGCCGCCGCCGGCGACCGGCGCGCAGUACGCGCACCAGUUCCUCAACACGGCGCUCUCCCAGCGUGGCCCCUCGGCGUUGCCCUACGCCGAGGACGUCAAGUGGCUCAUCCGCAACCACCUGGUGGCCCUCGCCGACGCCUUCCCCUCCCUCCACCCCAAGGCCGCCCUCUUCACCCACAACGACGGCCGCGCCGCCCACCUGCUCCAGGCCGAUGGCACCAUCCCCAUCCACCACGGCGGCGCCACCUACAACCUCCCCGCCGUCAUCUGGCUCCCCGAGCCCUACCCGCGCUCCCCGCCCCUCUUCUUCCUCUCCCCCACCCGAGACAUGCUCAUCAAGCCCCACCACCCCCUCGUCGACCGCUCUGGGCUCGUCGCCAACGCCCCCUACCUCCGCUCCUGGGUCUUCCCUUCCUCCAACCUCCUCGACCUCGUCAGAUCCCUCUCCCACCUCUUCGGCCUCGACCCGCCUCUCUUCACCAGAUCGGUCGCCAACCCUCCUGCUCCUGCUCCUGCUCCUGUCCCUACCCCUCCUCCUGCUGCCUCUUCUCCUGCGCCUCGCCAGGAGCUCUAUUCUCCUGCCCCUCGUCCCUACAGGUUCCCUGCCUCGCCCCAGCUUGCCGCCCGACCCCCGCCCACAGAGGACCCCGCCGAGGUCUUCAGGCGCAAUGCCAUAUCCAAGCUCGUCGACACGGCCUAUGCCGACGCUGCUGCCCUGCGCACUGCACGUGAGGCCGAGGUCGACACCCUCUUUGCUGUGCAGGCUGAGCUGCGUGCCCGGGGGGACAUGGUGGGUGAUGGGGUGCGCAGGAUAGCUGAAGAGAAGGAGGCUCUCGAGCGCCGUCUUCAGGAUGUAAUGAUGGCCACAGACGUCACCGAGGCAUGGGUCGCGCAGAACAGGAAGGGGUCUGCUGCCCACGACACCGACGCUGACGGGGCCAUUCAACCGGCGGAUGCGCUAUCCAGGCAGAUGCUCGAUUGCACCGCCACUGAUUUGGCACUUGAGGACACCAUUUACGCGCUCGACAAGGCUGUUCAGGACGGAUCCGUGCCAUUCGACGGCUACCUCAGGAGUGUGCGCGCUCUCGCACGGGAGCAGUUUUUCCAGCGCGUCCUCUGCACCAAGGUGAACAAUGCGCAGCAACAGGCACAUGUUGCUCGGAUGGCAGCGCGCGCACCACAGUAUGCAUCCUGAGGGAUAGGUCAUCCUCAAGUUUGAUGGCUCGGUAAAAGGUCGUCUCAAGCUCCAGCGACGCCAACAUUUUGGGAUGACAACGUGGAGCUUGAAGCAGCCUGGGAUGGGAUAAGAGAAGAAGCAAGGGGAAGGAGUGUGUUCGCUUGUGCAUUUGUCUCUGUUGUUGUGACAAAACAAAGAAGAUGGAUCAUUCCUUUGAUAGGUUGGUCCAGUGGAGGACUUCUCUAAGAAGAAUGUUUGUUGGGGUUAUCGUCAAAAUGCCUUCAAAAUAUGGUAAUUGUCAAUUUUUUAUGUGCCUCUUUAUUUGUAAAGGCAUUUUAACAAACGUAUGUAAUGGUUCAAAAUGCCUUUGAGCUGUCAAGUGCAUCCUCAAAAUGCCCUUCGUUGAAA